UUCGCCACAUUUGUUGUGAAUUUUUCAUAGCUUCUUUUCUCGAAACUUUUUGUGUUGAAUGUUGUUACAAAUAUUGUUGAAAAUUGCAAAAUAAAAUAUCUUACAUCUGUCCGCAAACUGCUACCACCAACGAUUCACUAUUAGCAAUCGGUACCAUCCUUGGUUGGCAACAGCAAACAUAUUUCGGAGUCUUCGAGGCCGUAAAAACGCAACGCUAGACAACUAGAACAAGAGUGCGAACAAAAAGUUACGAGACGGCGAGCGGUACUGCGGUUUUGCGAUUAUAUUCUAACACGGCCGCUGAUUGUGUUCCGUUGUGUAAAAUAGACAAAGAAACUGUGCGAAACGUCUUGUUAUUCUGUCGUGCAAACACGAUCGCAGUCCAUCGUCGAUAAAGAACACAUAUUUGGUCGGAUUAUUUUCAUCCCCAAAUAAUCACACAACCAUGAGCGCCGAAGAAAGCACAGAACAACAGACCACUAUUGCUGAAGUAGCUGAAGAGCAGCAGUCUGAGGAUAAUCCUCAGGAGCAGCAACAGUCUGUCAGCGAACUGGAGAAGCAAGAGGAAGAAAAAAUGAAAGCUAAAUAUGGCUCAAACGUUGGAAUGGGUGGUCCGCGUGGCUUGGGUGGUCAUUCAGCGUUCCUGCAAAAGCGACUUCAGAAAGGUCAGAAGUAUUUUGAUUCUGGCGAUUAUCAGAUGGCUAAGCAGAAGGGAGGCGGUGUGAAGCAGGUGUUUGCAAACAAAGUUCCAACCGGCGAAGCGAUACCGACACCCGAAACGGUUCCAGUGCGGAAAACCUCCAUUAUUCAGACCUGCAACAAGUUUCAAAGUUAAGAAUUCAGCCGUGUUCCAGUGAUCAUGGAUCUAUUGAGGGGGAGCUGGUAAUUUUUGAAGAGCAGUAUAGUUUUAAUGCAUCUUGGUUCUUCAUAUGCUGUCUUCUAUAUUCUUGGUGUCGGUUGUUUGUCAACGCUUAUUAUUUUUUCAGGGAAACUUUCAAUACCGAAUCAUUCUGCUCGCCUGCUUUAUGUAUUGAUAUGUCAGAUUAAUGCAUUCGUUAUUUGUCUCAUUUUGUGAGGUAAUGAAUCAUAAAAAAAAAUCUUCGAUAGUCACGUCUGCUCUUAUGUACGUAAAUAUAAAAAAAAAGAUAAAAGGCAUAAUAUUACCGGAACCGAACCGAAUAACAAAUUGCUAUACAAAAAGAAUAGUAACAUAAUAUUGUUUUCUCUAACCGAGCAAAACGUUGCAAAUUCCAUCUAUUGGGAAAAGGAUUCGACAGGGUCGUUUUUUGCUUUUACGCCUCUCCAUUUUCGCAACGAUUAGCUCCCCCGAUUUGGAUGCGUUAUUGGUAAAUAUAUGUUUAUUAAUUGGUAAUGUACUUGUAAUCCGUAGUAAAUAGUUGAUGGGAAUAUUGUGUGAAGCAGAUUAACACGAGCAGCAUAACAUGGGAUGGUGGCUAGAAUGUUUGCUGUAUGUUCUGAUCAACUGUAUGUAUGCUAGGGUGUACCGAGUGUAAGUAAGCUAGCGAGAGUAAAACGUCGUGCCAGGUGCCGCCACCAAUUCACCACAGUCCAGUCGUGGGCAAGCUCCCCAGAAGAAAAGUUUGCAACAGAGUAUCGGCUAUUAAAAAUGCUAAUGCUAACGUGCUAAUAUGUAGGAAAAAAAAAUCUUACGUCUAGGAGUAGAAUUGAACGAUUGGGCCUGGAAUAAAUCUACAACGAUUACAAAUUCAAUGGCGUAGACAUUUUUAAUGAAAAUGCGCUGAGCAUUAGAAUGUGGGGAUCGAGAGUUGGCAUUAAUGGCAUUUUCGUAAAGAAUCGCACUUACGAUUAAAAACUGAUGGCAGCAAGUAUUUUGUUAAGCAAUCUGACUAUAUCGAUAAAUUGUUAAAGAAGAAAAAUACAUUAAUAUGUCGAAGGUAACGAUAACAAACAAACAAAAUUUUAGAAUAUUUUGUUGGUACAACAGUGUUUGGGUUUGUUUUACUCUUUCCAGUGAUUUACAAAGUCUGCUUCUUAUAGG